AUGCCUCAACUUGAUAAAUUAACUUAUUUCUCACAAUUCUUCUGGUUAUGUCUUCUCCUCUUUACUUUUUAUAUUCUCUUAUUUAAUAAUAAUAAUGGAAUACUUGGAAUUAGUAGAAUUCUCAAACUACGGAACCAACUGCUUUCGCACCGGGGGGGCGAGAUCCGGAGCAAGGACCCUAAGAAUCUGGAAGAUAUCUCGAGAAAAGGUUUUAGCACCGGUCUCUCAUAUAUGUACUCCAGUUUAUCCGAAGUAUCCCAAUGGUGUAAGACCGUCGACUAUUUGGGAAAAAGGAGGAAAAUCACUCUGAUCUCUGAUUUCGGAGAAAUAAGUGGCUCACGAGGAAUGGAGAGACAGAUUCUCUAUUUGAUCUCGAAGUCCUCAUAUAACACUUCUUCCAGUCGGAUCACUUGUUGGAAAAACAUAAUGCUCACACAUGUUCCACACGGGCAAGGAAGCAUAAUAUCAUGA